AUGAAGGGGAGCAGGCGCCGUCCCUCCACACCGCUCCCGGGGGACGGCCGCCGCGUUCCGCGCAGGAUCACUGCCCACAGACACCCCCCGAGCACGCACCGCCCGCCGCCGCUGCCCCGGCUCCGAGUCCCCGCCCCGGGAGGGAGCCACACCUGUGGGCAGCAGCAGCAGCACCCCUGCGAAUGGCAGAGGAGGGGUGGGAGGCGGCUCCCCUGCCACCGAAGGGUUGGUCCAGCUCUAUCCCAAGAGGGACUGGGGGGGUGUUUUCCUGCCGGCAGUAAGGUGAGGAGGUGCCGCGCCUCCAUCUUGAGGAGGGGGCGCGGGGGAGAGCGAGAGGCGCAGCCCCCUCGGCGGCCGCGGCACGGGUGUCCCGAUCCACCCGCGACCCGGCUGCUGUGGGGCCGUGUUCCCGUCCACAGUGCUACACCGAGAGGUUUUAGUCUCCACAGACGCGACCUCGGUGCUGCUGCUGGAGAUGAGCAAGUAGGACGUCUCCCAGGUCUGAAGACUUUAAGCACAGGGUCUGAAGGUGUUGAGCCAACAAGGUGUAGUGGGAAGGCAGCCGAGCCCUCUGCACCACUGCACUCUGUGUACCGUGGUGUCGCGGUUGGUCUGCCAAGGGGCCUCGAAAGUGGGAUCCCACAGCGUCUGUAUUGUCGUGCUUCGCGCAGGUCCCCGUACCUUUGCCACCUGCACGGCUUUUGGCUGCUCUGUUUCCACGUGCAAUGUUUUGGUGACGCUGUCACUCCUGAUUUCUGAAAAACAUUGGG